CCGCCCCGCAGAGCCUUUGAAAGGUGGCCGGAGGCGCGGGCCCGGGGGCGAUGGCGAGCCUGGGCCGCCUGCUGUGCGUGCUGGGUUUGCUGCUGUGCGGGCCCGCGAGCCCAGGGCUGUCCAGACCUUAUCAGAGCGGCUCCAAGAAGCCCAUCAUCGGAAUAUUAAUGCAAAAAUGCCAUACAAAAGAAAUGAAAAAGUUGGGGAAAUACUACAUUGCUGCAUCCUAUGUGAAGUAUAUAGAGUCUGCAGGUGCAAGAGUUGUACCUAUAAGGCUUGAUCUUUCACGUAAGAACUAUGCACACAUUUUCAAAUCUAUUAAUGGAAUCCUUUUUCCUGGAGGAAGCGUUAGCAUCGCACAUUCAGAAUAUUCCCACGUGGCCAGAAUAUUUUACAAAAGGGCCAUAGAGAGUUAUGAUGAAGGAGACUAUUUUCCUGUGUGGGGAACAUGCCUUGGAUUUGAGGAGCUCGCCUUUCUGGUUAGCGGAGAGAGCUUACUAACGCUUACAAACACGGUCUCAGUGACAUUGCCCUUGACUUUCACUGAAGGUGCCUUACUGGGCAGAAUGUUCCAGAAUUUUCCUGCUGAGUUAUUGGUGUCACUAGCAUUAGAACCUCUGACUGCAAAUUUCCACAAAUGGAGUCUCUCUGUGAAGAACUUUACAGAAAAUGAAAAGUUAAACAAGUUUUUCAGCAUAUUAACAACAAAUACAGUUGGCAACAUAGAGUACAUUUCAUCCAUGGAAGGAUUUAAAUAUCCAGUCUUUGGUGUCCAGUGGCAUCCUGAGAAAGCACCAUAUGAGUGGAAGGGAUUGAAAGGCAUUUCCCAUGCACCAAAUGCUGUGAGGACAGCGUUUUACUUAGCAGAUUUCUUUGUUUCUGAAGCUCGGAAAAACGAUCAUCAUUAUGAGGACGAAUUAGAGGAGAUGCAAUCCUUGAUUUAUCAGUCCUCUCCAGUUUACACUAGAAAUAUUUCUUCAUUUCAGCAGUGUUACAUGUUUGACUGAAAGUCUUCACUAUGAUAACGAGGCAGCUUGGAGCAAUUCGGUGAUUGAAUUGCUAAUUCACUGCUCAUGACAACAUGAGGGGCCACACAGAUUCCUUUUCUGCACUGGUUCUGAUUCUUUACUUAGUCCAUGAUUAUUUUUAUCAGAUUUGAUAACUUGACAAUGAAAAAGUCAUGGUGUUUUUCAUGAAAAAGUUUUCUGGUGUCUAAAGAUUAAGAAAAUAUAACUUUUUUGAGAAUAUACUUUUUGUGUGAUUUAUUAUUGAUCCCAGGAGAAGCCACCCAAAAUCUACCCAUUUUAUUUUGCUUAAAGUGUGUGUGUGUGUGUGUGUGUGUGUGUGU